GAAUGGCUGUGUAUAAUAUAUCGCUCAUGUGACAAAUCUUAAAUCGUUAAAUCUCAUUCACUAAAACGCUAGCUCGUGUGGGAUCAGUCUGUACUAACUCCGAUACGUAAUAGAUACUCAUUCUGGAAAUACCAUAAAAUAUCACAACUGGUGUUUUGCAGGGAGGUUCAUUGGAAAGGCCAUAUAUUAACUUGUUUUAAUAGCAUACAAAGUACAUUCGAUCUACAAGACCAGACAACACCCGGAAUACUACACACAUUUACAAAGCAGACGACACCCGGGAUACUACACACAUUUAAAUUACAAUCAGACGACACCGGGGAUACUACACACAUUUACAAAGCAGACGACACCCGGGAUACUACACACAUUUACAAAGCAGACGACACCCGGGAUACUACAUACAUUUAAAUUACAAUCAGACGACACCGGGGAUACUACACACAUUUACAAAGCAGACGACCCCCGGGAUACUACACACAUUUACAAAGCAGACGACACCCGGGAUACUACACACAUUCACGGAGCAGACGACACCCGGGAUACUACACACAUUCACGGAGCAGACGACACCCGGGAUACUACACACAAUGCCUCCGAAGAAAUCGCCUGCAACGAAAACGGCAGCGAAGCCUGCAACUAAAACUGCCGGUGGGGCGAAGUCAACGGGGGGAGCCAAGGGCGCGGGGGCAGCCAAGGGGACAGGGGGAGCGAAGGCCCCACCCCAGGCCAAGCCAACUGAAGAGCCACCAAAACCGAAGGCGUUACCAGAAAUAGAAAUGGGCGUGAAAAGUAUUCCGGAAUUUCUACUCGAAGAUGUUGGAGAGGUCAUUAAAAAGUCCCCAAGGUGGCCUUACAUUGUGAAUCCUUCGGGAGUCCUCAGUACUUUUGUCAAGUACCGAAAUAUCAACGUUCUCAGAGUUAUGGACCAGCAUGAGAUGGAAGCCGAGAUGAUCCGAAAGGGAUUAUUAGGGGCGCUCAGAUAUGGCAAACCAUUUCUAAUUGACAUGGAGGACAAUGAUUUAUUUACCCCGAUGACGGAAUUUCUUGACAGAGUAAUUCCAGGCCUGACCGACAUGCUGCUUACAAAGAAAAUAACGGAGGAGGAAAAUAUUGAUAAGCUCAUCCGGAAAAACGAUGACGAGGAUUACCAGAGGAGCAUAACUUACCAGACAGACAAUUUUAGAUUCGCCAUUCUCACUAAAAAAAUAGAGGUGUCGGAUGAAGUCAAAUCGAAAAUGUUCAUUGUCAGAGCCGAUUGAGUGACGUCAAUGGACUGACGUAAUUGUAGCUAUUCACCUUACAUUGAACUAUACCUAAUUUUAUUAUUUUAUCAUAUUAUUCCCGACAAGCGAUUGGCCAGAAGUGCAUCACGUGUCACCGUCCAGCUUCG